GAGCUGGAGUACUGCGUAAAUAAAUGGGAGUAUGGCUAUACCGGUAAAUCCAUUGAGCCAGUCGACCAUGAGUUCCCCAAGUAUGCAGGAGUACCUGCUACAGGGAAGUAUUUUGGACUCGGCCUUGGAAAGCUUACUGCAUCGUCUUCGAGGUCUCUGUGACAAUGUAGAAGGACCAGAAACCUUCCACGACCAUGAAAUGGUCUAUAUACUGAGAGGUACUCCAAGUCCAGCAAUAUUGAGAGCCAGACAUGCACUAGACCAUCCGAACAUUCCAUGGCAGCUGAGAUAUGUAGGUCAGUCAGAGGUGGGUGAUAAAAACAGAAGUACACUCGUAAGAAGUUGUAUAGAUUGUGCUACAUCAGAUAAUUUAUCUAGUUUUCUUGUUGAAAUGGGAUUCAGACUUGAUCAUGAGUAUGUGAUAAAAGGUUAUCUCUUUAGAAAAGGAAGAAUGAAGAUAACUGUGUCAAAGCUGUUCAGGGUAAUCUCACCAGGAGUGACAGAAGAAAUAGAAGCUGUAUCAUUAUCUCAUUUAGUGGAGCUCAGUGUAGUUGCUCCUGCUGGCCAAGACGCUGUAGGAGAUGAUAUGAGGUCAUUUGCAGAACAUCUUAAACCAAUUGUACAAAUGGAGAAGAUGGAUCCCAAAAGACUAUAAUUUUGCAUUUUUAUUUUAAUAUAUUUUUAUGCAACACUGCCAUUGUACUUCAGAUUCCAAUAUUAUAAAAUAUUAAAAUAAAAUCUUUCAUAAUUUAUUGUGU